UAUGAAUGCAAGUAUGAUGGAAGUUCAACCUACACGUGAUACAAACAAUAGUUUAAAAGAUGAAAAUAAUGCUACUGAAUUAGAAUUUGAAACAAAUAAAAAUAGUUUGAAAAAUAUGUCUGUAGAAUCAAUAAAGACAAAUAUAUUAUUUGAAGAAAAAGAGGUGAUAAAUAAAAUUUCAAAUAGUAAUGAUAUUGAUUUGGAAUAUGUUUAUUUGGGUAUGUUAAAUGAUGAAAAUAUGAUAGGAAUACAACCUAUAUAUGAUACUAAUAUUAGUGUAAAAGAGGAAUCUAAUGCAACUGAAAUAGGAUUUGAAACAAAUAAUUCAAAAGACAUAAUUUCAAAAUCCACAAAGCUUAAAAUUGUUGAAGAAACUCCUGAAUCUAUCAUUUAUGAUCAAGCCUUAACAGAAUGUUAUGGUGAAAUGCUUCCACCUUAUUGCGACCCAAAGUGUCAACUAAAAUGUUAUUAUUCUGUACCUGGUCCUCAACGAAAAGAAAUGUUUAAUCAAUUCCAUAAAUUGCAAAAUGUGACUGAACAAAACUGUAAAAUUGCUCAAUUAGUACAAAUUGUUAUGGUUGAAAAUCAGAAUAAUUAUGGAAAAAAAUAUAGACAUAUUCCAACACACUCACACAACAGGUCCAUUGUACACUAA